AUGGAAGCAGGGAGAAAACCUUGGCUUGUGUAUUCGAGUGGUAAAGGUCUACAUAAUCUAACACUUUGCAGCAUAUCAGAUCCAAGAAUAUCCUACUCCAUAAGGAUUCCAGAGCAAGUUGGGGCAGCAUCAAGGAUCCGUGCGCAUCAAAAUUUGUUAGUAGAUUGUUUCUUUGGCAAGUCAGACCAAUCUGCAAGAAUAUUCAGAAAAAGUAAACUAGAUAAAACUUGUCUCUCGAUUGAUUCAGACGGGCUUCCACAUGUUGAUCAGAUGAUAUGGCCAGAUGAACCCUAUUGUAGCACUUACAAUGAAGUAACGAAUAAAACAUUCCUCUUCAAAAAAAAGGAUUCUGAACCUGUUUAUGUUGACUAUGUUGCUGUUGACACCAAAACUAAGAAGAAUCUAAAUAAGGUCAACAUACGCUUUCGACAUCCUCAGAACCCAGUCAUUGGUGAUAAAUUUAGCAGUAGACACGGGCAGAAAGGUGUUUGCUCUCAGUUGUGGCCAGACAUUGACAUGCCAUUUUCUGAACCUACUGGAAUGCGGCUGGAUCUCAUUAUAAAUUCUUGUGCAUUUCCUUCUAGGAUGACGAUUGCUAUGCUUUUGGAAUUUGUUGCUUCUAAGGGAGGCAGCUUACAUGGAAAAUUUAAAGAUGCAACUCCAUUUCGUAAUUCAGUGAAGAAAGAUGAUGAGGAGUCUGGAUCCAAGUCAGCUUCCCUUGGUGUUAUGCUAAAAGAGAAGGGAUUUAAUUGCCAUGGAUGUGAGGUUUUGUACAGCGGGGUCUAUGGAACAGAACUGACGUGUGAGAUAUUUAUUGGACCUGUUUAUUAUCAGUGGCUACGUCACAUGGUUUCAGACAAAUACCAAGUUCGAUCUACAGGCACUAUUGACCAGGUCACCCGGCAGCCAAUAAAAGGACAAAAGAGUGGUGGGGGGAUACGAUUUGGAGAAAUGGAGCGCGACUCUCUACUUGCACACGGGGCUGCAUAUCUUCUGCAUGAUAGGCUCCACACCUGUUCUGAUUAUCACAUUGCUGAUGUGUGCUCCAUUUGUGGAAGCAUGCUUACGACAACAUUCCAACAGCCUCGAAAGCGGCCAGUGCGAGAGAUUGGGGGACUACGCCCUGCAAGAGCUCCAAGAAAAGUCACUUGCCAUGCUUGCCAAAGCAGUAAAGGCAUGGAGAAAGUCGCCAUGCCUUAUAUAUUUAGAUAUUUGGCAGCAGAGUUGGCUGCAAUGAACAUAAAGAUGACUCUCAAGCUAACUGACGGAGUUGACAUUUGAGGCAUGCCUCCCCUCAUCUAAAUUUUUUUGUAUCAAGCUUGAGAGGUAAAUAAAGUUUGAUCAAGAAUUGUUUUAGUCAGGACUCGAACUUGUGUUCUCUUGAACAAUUUGUCCUUAACUAAAAAUGAUUAAUCACUUGAGUCAAAUCAUUUGGUUAAAUAGAUUAUGUUCAUCAUCAAUCAUUAUCUAUCAAAUGUUCUAUAAUCAUUUAUUAAACAUCAACCAUAAUUGAUUUACUGAUAUUUUAAUCAA